CGUGUCACGUGACAGAGUGUAGUUUCAAGAUGGCUGCGGAGGAUCUGCCGUCUCAAUUCGAUGUUGUCAUUCUCGGAACAGGCCUCACAGAGUCUGUCAUUGCGGCGGCCUGCUCCAGAGUCGGACAGAGCGUUCUGCAUUUGGACAGGAGAAACUAUUAUGCGGGAAACUGGGCAAGCUUCACGUUCAAUGGCUUGCUGUCAUGGAUGGAGGAAUAUAAGAAUCAGCAGGAGGUACAGAUCGCGGAGUCUGAGCAAGUAUGGAAGAACUUGAUUGAUGAGGGAGAGGAUGUGGUGCCUCUCAGCUCUGUGGAUUCCUUUAUUACCAACUUGGAAGUUUUCUGUUAUGCCAGUGAGGAAGAAGAGACAGAAGAGGAAGCAAAGGUCCCUUUAACAAGCUGUCAGUUGGUGGAUGCUGAGACUGUAUCAGAAGAGACCUCUACAGAGGCUCAAGACACAGUUACAGGUGGCGACGGCACAGCAUCCGAUGCUAAGACACGGAACGAGGAGCUCGAAGACUCUGAGCCGUCUGACAUUUCAGGACCCAGCCAAUCACAGGAAGAGAAAGAUUCACAGCCGAUCAGCCGCCAAGUAGAUCCACCUGUAGUGGUGGAAAAGAAGAUAACGUAUCAAAAGUUGGUAAAAGAGGGACGCAGAUUCAACAUUGACCUUGUCUCCAAGUUGAUGUAUUCACGUGGUGCGCUGGUGGAUCUGCUCAUCAAAUCUAAUGUGAGCCGUUACGCGGAGUUCAAGAACAUCGGACGUAUCCUCACCUGCAGAAAUGGAAAAGUGGAACAGGUCCCGUGCUCACGGGCAGAUGUGUUUGCCAGUAAGCAGCUGACCGUGGUGGAGAAACGCAUGCUGAUGAAGUUUCUUACCUUCUGUCUGGACUUUGAGCAGCACCCAGAGGAGUACCAGGACUAUACCGAGAAACCAUUUAGAGAGUUCCUGAAGAACAAGAAGCUCACGGAGAACCUGCAAGACUUCGUUCUGCAUUCCAUCGCUAUGGUGACGCAGCAGACCCUUACUGAGGAAGGACUAAAGGCCACGCAACACUUCCUGAGAUGCUUGGGACGCUACGGCAACACUCCCUUCCUGUUCCCUCUGUACGGCCUGGGAGAAAUCCCACAGUGCUUUUGCAGAAUGUGUGCCGUAUUUGGAGGAAUUUAUUGUCUGCGACACUCGGUGCAGUGCCUGGUCGUGGACAAGGCGUCUAACAAAGCUAAAGCUGUGAUUGAUACACGUGGUCAGAAGAUCAGCUGCAGUCAUUUUGUGGUUGAAGAUUCGUACAUCAGAGAUGAACAAAGACAGAGCACAGCGUACAGGCAGAUAUCUCGUGCAGUGCUCAUCACAGACAGAUCUGUACUACCUUCAGAAUCUGAUCAGCAGAUCUCGUUGGUGACUGUUCCUCCUCUGGAAGCUUCUGCACCAGCUGUGAGGAUGGUGGAGCUCUGUUCCUCCUCCAUGACCUGCAUGCCCGGCACCUAUUUGGUCCACUUAACCUGUUCGUCGUCUGGUACGGCCAAGGAGGAUCUCGCUCCAGUUGUAUCUCAGUUGUUUCACGUUUCCACCAUUUCUGGAGAGGAACCUUCAGAAGGCUCAGAGGAGAGAAGCAAGCCGGCGGUGCUGUGGGUCAUGUACUUCAACACGAGAGACACAUCAGCCCUGGACAGCAGCAGCUACAGCCUGCCGAGCAACGUCCACGUGUGCACCGGUCCCGAUGGCAGCCUGGGCAGUGACUACUCCAUUAAACUGGCUGAAUCUGUGUUUCAUCAAAUCCUCCCCGACGAAGAGUUCUGUCCGCCCGCUCCCAACCCAGAGGACAUCAUCUAUGACGGAGACGGUCCGCAGGCCGAAGGGCCCGGCUUCGGCGAGAGCGCUAACACAGAAGCAGAUAAAAGCCAGACAGAGGAAGAAGGUGGCGGAGAUGAGGAGAGCCCGUCGACCGAGAGCUCGGAACCCGCGGAGACGGGCAGCGUUACCCAGCAGGCAACGUCAGACAUGACCCUGCCCUCUGAGGAACAACCCCUUUAGAGACGCUUGUUCAUUUCUACACGAUCACUGAGUAUAUGGAAUCCAAAAUACAUCACGUUCAUCUCCGAAGUUCUCAGUCCUGUUACGUUCAUCAAAUUUUAUAUGCCUUUCUUUUGCAUUUUCACACUCGAUGCCUGUUUUAUUUUGACCGGUUACUGUAAGACGUUUAUGUAUUUGCUUUUUUUAACCAAAAUGCUUUUCUUUUUUUUAAUUUCAGAAUGUAUUCACAAUUUUGCAUGGUUCAAGCAAGGUGCCUAUCAUAUAUUCUGGAGUUAUUCAAAUGACGGAGAUUAAAUGAUUUUGGUCGCACAGACGCUUUUAUUUUGUCAAAUGCUGCUUCUUCCAACCUUGUAUUUGUAUUUGAGAUGUCUGUUUGAACGCUGUCUGUCUUUUCAUUUGUACGCUAUAAUGGUUGCUGACAUUAAAAAUGUAAUUGAAGAGG